GCCUCCCUAUGCAGCACCCCAAACCCUUCUACGCACCCACAGCUCCCCAAGAAGGCUUCAGUCCCCGGGGCCUGGAUGCCACUGAUGGGCUGGACAGCCAGCCCACUCCUGCCUGCACAGAGCCUCUGUCCGCUGUUCCUCCAACCUGUACCACCCCCCAACCCCGGAGAAGGAGGUGUUCCCAACCCCUCCAGCAGGUACUGGCCUCGGGCCAACCCUUGAGGACUGGGGAGUGGGCGGGGCCAUCCCAUCCCCACCCCUAACUCUAGAUGGCUUCUCACUCCAAAGCAAGGCCAGUGUCCCUCAUCCCCUCGAGGGGGCCUUGACAGUAAGGCAGCCCUAUGACUCUUGUCCCUCAGUCAGUCCCCAAAGCCAGGUCUGUGUCUCCAGUCCCCCAUCCCCCCCCGAUGAGCCCCCAAAGCACAUCCUGGGUCCCCAGACUGGUAGAUAAACCCCCAGAGGCAAAGCCUAUAUCAUCAUCCCCCAAAUGGACCCCAGGGUUGGUCGUGUCCUGUGUCCCCCUGAUGUGCCCCCCAGGCAGGUCCCAGGACCGCCCCUCUGAGGGCCACCCUCCUGGCCACAGGUUUCCAGAUGGCGCCCUGUGGGUGCUUCUUUGACCCCCGCAUCUACCGAAUCGAGUGGGCCGCCACCGACUUCGGCCAGUCAUCCCUGUACAAGCUGGUGGCCGUGGGCGAUGGGGGGCCAGCUGGGGCCCCCACCUCACCAGGCACUUACCUCCUGGAGCCCCAGCACUACCUCAAGGCCCCGGUGCCGCCCCCACCGCCCCCACCAUACCCCCACUACCAGCCACCACCCCCUGGGGGCCCCCAGUACCUCCUGCCGUACUUCCCGCCUGAGGGGCCGGGGCCCGAGACCGUGGGCUUCAUGGGGGACGGGGGGCCGCCCAGCUUUGUGGAGCUGCCCCGGCCCUUGAUCAAGGAGGGCCUGGCGCCACCACCACCCCCCAAGGAGAGCAAGCUGCCCCCGCUGCUCAUCACGCUGCCCGCCGAGACCGCACUGCCCCCAGGCACCUACAGCCACCUCAAGGGCCGCCUGAGCCAACUGCACGGGCCUGGGGAGCCCUUGACCUUCCCAGUCAAGGAGCCGCCCCCCAGCCCGCUGUACCCACCCGUCCCCGCUGAACCCAAGGCAGCCAAUGCCGAGGUGGCCCCACUGGGGGCGGGCGAGGCCAGGACCCCCGAGGUGGCCCAGGCCUUCGCGCUGCCCGAGAAGGUGCUGCUGGAGGAUGCAAUGAAGCUCUUCGACUGCCUGCCGGGCAGUGCUGAGCCCGAAGGGGCCCCACGCAAGCCCCUGGGGCCUGGGCCAGCCCUGCCCGACAGCGGGGGCGGCGGUGACGACUCCUCUGGUGACAUCUGCUCGCUGCACCUGCCGGAUGAGCUGCUGUCCUUCGACUACAGCGUGCCCGAGAUCCUGGACACUGUCUCCAACGUGGACUACUUCUUCAACUUUAAGGCACUGGACGAGGAGCCGCUGCCCCGUCCGGGGCCCCCUGCCACCAACGCCACAGCCUCUGCCCCCAGGGCCGAGCCCCCUGGCAAGAGGAAGGCAGGCAGUUCCACCACCAAGAAGGGGCAGCAGGGCAGCAAGGGCAAGCAGGCCACGGGUCCCACGACUGCUGCCUCCUCAGGGCCCCGGCAGGACCUGGGAGCCACCCCCCAUUAAAGCGGAUUUGACCUCUCAGUGCUGUAUCCGCCCAGUGGCAUCAGGGCUGUCCCCACAUCCUCCCUGUUGUACAGUGGGCCCAGACCAUGGGGUGAGGCCCUGCAGAACCCCGAGGGUGCUGGACUUACAGAGCAGAGUGGGGGAGCCCUAGAUUCAGAUUUGGGAUUCUAAAUCUAGCCACAGAGAAUCCACGUCAGCCGGCACUUUGGAGAGGUGGGAACUGCAAGAAUUUCACUUCUGUGUUUGGGAAAGUCAGGGCUGCCCAGAGAUGAGCAGGGACUGGCCUGGAGACACAGCAAAUGCGGGAGUUAGGGAGUGGCCUGCAUAUCCCCAACCAUCCCUCUGAAGCACUAUGAGUGGGAGGGGGGAAGGCCUUAGAGAGGCCUGCGGGCUGGGGUCAGCCUCCACCCACCUGGCAGGGCAGGUGUCGCCAAUGGUGAAGGGGCGGGCCCCCACCCAUGUUCAUGCAGACAGCUGGGGUGUGGAGGUAGGUGCUGGUUGGAGGAGCGGCACCUGAGGCCUGAGGGUGGGGGCCGGGCAGGGAUGCAGGAGAUGGUGCCCACCUGGUACACGGGUGGCUGAGAACAGGCCCGCAUGUGAUGGGGCAUGCAGAGUGCACCUGCAGCCCAGGUGAGGCCCGAGGCCUGGGUGGGCGUGCCUGUUCCAAGAUGGGCAAGGGGCUGCGUCCCCUCAUUGGACCCAGCUGCGCGUGGCAGGCAUGGGGAGCCUGGGAUUUCAGUUCUCACACCUGUUCCCUCCUGCCUGGGCUCCUCCCGCUGCAUCUACAUGGCUCCCACCCCUGUGGGUCCCAGGCCAGGCUCUCUUCAGCCCUUCCCACUGGAGAGUCUGGAGCAGCUGCUGUCCAUACCCUCCCCUGAAAUACUCAAGGUGACCCUGAAGGGGGUGAUGUGCAAGGAGGUAAGGAGAGUUGAGGGCUUCCCUAGUGGCUCAGUGGUAAAGAAUCUACGUCAAUGCAGAAAACAAGCAUUUGACCCUGGGUCGGCAAGAUCCCCUAGAGACGGAAAUGGCAACCCACUCCUGUAUUCUUGUCUGGAGAAUCCCAUGGACAGAGGAGGGUGGCAGGCUACAGUCCAUGGGGUUCCAAAAGAGUCAGACACGACUUAGCAAGAAAACAAAUAAGGAGAGAUGGAGCACACCUCUGGAGUGGGCCAGCCCCGCCUGCUUCCCUCCCCUGCAGGAGUAAGGGCCCAGGUUCAGGGCUGCGUCUCAGGGGCUUUCACUCUUGGACUCUGCUGGGAAGCUGGGGGGCUUGACUGGGAUCCAGGAGAUGUCCGGGGUGGGGGAUGCCAUGUGGUGGCACCACAUCUCAAGCCUACAGGACUCGUGUCCCUGAAGCCUGUUCCAAGGCUCAGGGAGGUGGGGGCAGCCCUAAGUCUGCACCUGCACUUACCUGACUCUUCUCUGAAUGGGACAUGGGCCGAGAGCAGCCAGGAGCUCACUUCCCUCACCUCCCUUGGAGCCCUCCUCCCUGCAGCCGUAUUAACGGGUGUUUUUGAGACACACAUGAAGUGCCCCCAGUGACGGGGAGCCCCUGGCAAACAAGGUGGAUGCGAGGGGAGGUGCUUGGUUUUCUGUAAGAUUAAUGUGGACUGAGGAUUGUGAAGCACGGCAUCCCAUCUCGUGACCCCCCCCCCCAUCAGGCCUGGAGGGUGGAUGGGGCAGAGUAACUCAGCCUCUGAUGGUGGGACAAAAUGACUGGCCUGAACCUGGGCCCAUGUCAGUGAAACUACCGAGUCCUAACCACUGGACUGCAAGGGAAGUCCCCGUAUUAGGCAAUUUAAAUGACCAUGGCAUGGAGGGGGUGCUUCCCUGGGAGUGGUUAAGACUCCAAGCUUCUUCUCUGAGAUCUGCUCUUACUGAAGUGGAUCAGUGAUGAAAGUAGCCAAAUCUGAGCAUCAGAAGACCACCCAGUGUAUCUGAUGCAUGAUCUCUGUAGUUCUGAGAAGCAAAAGAAUAAUUUAAAAUAAGGGGUAUGAAGGGGUGUGUGUGUGUGUGUGUGUGUGUGUGUAGGUGACUGGAUAAUUAAGGGGCUUAUUGGUGGGUAAGUGAGAGUUGGUUGUGGGUGUGCUUGUAUGAAAGGCUGAUCAGUUCUGAGCAAUGAUGAAAAGAUUUUACUGCAGAACUUUAUAUAACUAUGAAGGUUUCUACACUUGAUCUGAGCUCA